CAGAGAAACCCACAGGGAAAGGUAAGAAAGAAAACAACACUCUUUUGAGGUCCAUUUUCAAUCUUCUUAAUUAAUUAUAAAUAUAUAUUUUUUGUAUUUGUAUAGAUAGAUAGAUGAACAAGAUCAAUAGAAGGUGUUAUUGUUGUUAACUUUUGUUAUGGUUCUUUCCUUCAACCACAAUCUCUCUUUCUCUCUCCCACCACCCAUUCAUCUUUUUCUCUCUCUUCUUCUCCCUCUCUUCCUCUCAUCAUUCUCCUCCUCAAUCUCUUCAUCUCCUCCUUCUCUUUAAUCCCAUAUAUUCAAUCUCUUCAAAACCCAUCAUCUCUCUCUCCCUCUCUCUGUUUCAUACAUCAAACCUUGUUGAAACAAAAAUAAAAAAUGAGUCUUUUGUAAAAAAAAAUAAAAAAAAUUCAAAGGUUUUUCCUUUGAUUCAUCAAUUUUUGAACGUUUUUUCUCCGAUUUGAUUUUCUGGGUCGUCUUAGAAUUUGAAAAAGAUUGAACCUUUGAAGAUGGGUCGUGGAGGUGGCACAGCCGCCGCAGCUGCGGCGGCGGCGGCAGCGGCUGAACCGGGUUUUUUCAAAGAGCCAAGAUACAGAGGCGUGAGAAAAAGACCGUGGGGACGGUUCGCCGCCGAGAUCAGAGAUCCUUUGAAAAAAGCAAGAGUUUGGCUCGGAACAUUUGACACGGCUGAAGAGGCGGCGCGUGCAUACGACACCGCUGCUAGAAAUCUCCGGGGACCAAAAGCCAAGACAAAUUUUCCUCUUGCACAGCCUUUUUACCAUAAUAUUGAUGCCGGAGACCCGUUUUCCGAUCAACGUUUCUACGCCGGUGCCGGAGUUGUCGCCGGCGAUGGGUUUCAGGAUCAUCGGAGACCUACAUCAAGUGGGAUGAGUAGCACCGUUGAAUCCUUCAGCGGUCCACGUCCGAUCGGAUUACCGGCACCGCCGUCGAUCGUCGCCGGAAGAAGGUACCCACGUACACCGCCGGUUGCACCAGAGGAUUGCCGUAGUGACUGUGAUUCAUCGUCGUCGGUUGUUGACGACGGUGACGGUGAUAACGUGGCUUCAUCGACGAUGCUUUCAUUUAAACGCCAACCACUGCCGUUUGAUCUGAACGCGCCGCCGUUGGAUGAUGCUGACGUGGCAAAUUAUGGUGGUGAAGAUCUGCACUGCACCCUUCUCUGCCUCUGAUGAAAUUGAGAUAAUUGAUGUAUUGGUUCGUUGAAGAAAUUAUGAAUUUUUUUUCUUUAAUUUUUUUGGUUUCUUUUUUUCCCCUUUUUUUUAUUAUGCGGAAAAAAUGAAAAUGAAGAUGAAAUUUAUGAUUGAUGAUCGGUUAUGAGAUUAUGGUAAUAUAAUCUUAAUUUCUGUGAGA